AUGAAUAAAAAUUUGAAUAUUCCUUCUUCUAGUUCAAACAACCCUUAACAAAAGCUAACCAAAAUUUAAAAAAUAAUCUAAUAAGUUGAUUAAGAUGUAUUUAAGAUAUUUAUUUCAUAGAAAUAAGAAUAUUUUUUUGAACUAUUAAACCAGACCCUUAUGGAGAUUCUAUCGAAUGAGGUCGAAUAUAAUUUAUUUGANAGUAUAAAUAAAUUUCAAUAACUAAAGGAGUUUGUUAGAUAAAUUAUAUUUUGUUAGCUUUACUAAGAAAAUAUGAGCAUAAUCUCAAGAGAUUUAAAGGUCAUCAUGAAUUUGGACAAUCUAAUUUCUCGAAAUUAUUUCUCUCUCUCUCAAUUUCCGAAUUGA